UCCAUCCCCACACAAAUAAUACGGCACUAGCUUCAAUUCUCACUUCUCUUCAACUAGCUAGUACGUAUUUGUGUUAUUUAAAACAUGGCCAAGAGCUCUGCUUCAGUUGCUCUCUUCGUCAUCCUCAACAUCCUCUUCUGUGCCCUUGUCUCCGGCUGUGGCACCUGCCCAGGUCCGAACAAGCCCACGCCAAAGCCAUCUCCGCCUUCGAUUCCAAACAAGCCCACGCCAAAGCCAUCUCCGCCUUCGAGUCCAAACAAGCCCACGCCAAAGCCAUCUCCGCCUUCAAGUCCAAACAAGCCCACGCCAAAGCCAUCUCCGCCUCCAAGCUCUUUUUCGGGAUCGGGAUCAGGCUCGGGUUCGGGCAAGUGCCCUAAUGAUGCCCUAAAACUGGGUGUGUGCGCUGAUGUGCUCAAUGGGUUGAUCCAUGCUGUGGUGGGCAACCCAUCCGUAAGGACCGUAACUCCAUGCUGCAGUCUCCUUAACGGCCUUGCCGAUCUUGACGCAGCUGUUUGCCUUUGCACUGCCAUUAAGGCAAACAUUUUGGGCAUCAACCUGAAUGUUCCUGUCUCGCUGGGCUUGCUUCUCAACGCCUGUGGGAAGAAGACCCCUUCCGGAUUCAAGUGCACCUGAAGUUUAUAUACUUAAUUAAGCUUGUUUGAUUUGAGAGCUACAGCUAUUUAUUUAAGGCGCGUGUGUGGUUAUUAUGCAAGUGUCAACAGCUUGUUUCCUGUGUUACGUACGGUGAUAUUAGUUUGCUUUGAUAAGUGGGAUAUUGUUGAAUAAGUUAUUUUUCCUCGUGCAAAAUGAAGGGAUCAUUUCUUAGUGAUGUUUACUUAGUUAAUAUAAUUUUUAUUGGAAAUUAAAGAUUGCUUUCACUUUGAUCUUCUGUUUUA